AAUACAAUUUCAAAUAUUGUUGUGAGUGCGAGUUUCCAAAUUAGGAUUUGGUGGGUGAUCGAGGACUAAUCGAGAGACGGCGUAAGAUUGUAUGUGCAGGCGGCAGCACAAUGAAUAUGAAGACUCCAAAUAGAAGAGAGGUGAAAGAAAGAGCCAUUUCUCUCUCUCUCUCUCUCAUGAGUACCAAUUGUGCAUUCAAACUUGUUCCCAAGCAAAGGUGCGUACUAAUUUAUUUGCCUGGAUUGCUGCUAUUUUUCACGCUACUUAGUUUGAUGGUUUUGGCUAUUCGAUGUUUGUAUUAUUGAUUGAGAAACCUAGCAUGUAAUUUACUAAUAAUUUAGGGUUCGUCGAGUAUGCUGUUGAUAUUAAAGUUGAUAGAAUGUGAAUAAGCAGAGCUAUGAAAUUUGGCUGAAAUUAAAUUCUGCAGACUGCAGUUGGAUAUAGAAUUAAGUUAAGAAAAGUGGAUGUGUAUUUGGAAGAUUCUUUUUCCCACGUCAUUGAUGCGAAUUAAGAUUCUCUUAACUAUUGCAAUAAGAAAGGAGUAAGUAGUAUUAAUUUAUAAACAAAACAAUAUUUGUUGGAAUCUCACAAGCAGUGUUUGAAUUUUGAUCCGCAUGGGCAUAUUCACGAUUUCACGUGAAUCUUGAUAGUUGUGAGAAAUUUGAAAAAAGAAGUAACUGCCUCUUUAUCCUGGGACAUACUACCUGUACCUUUUUAAACUUGAAUGAUCGACUCUUGCUACAGAAAUAAGUGAGCUUACAAUUCCAUAACUGUGGGGUGGACCUUGCUCACCCAUUACCAUUAUAAUUAAAUGCAUUUAAUAACUGGAAACGUUUUGCUGCUAUUCUUCUCCUUGAAAGGCUCUCAAAUUGCCUGUGGCUGACACCUCCUCUGGUAAUUCAACCAUCUACUACAUGUGCACACUUUUCUCUUGUUGAAUUGUAUGAUCAGAUAAAGCAACAUGGGUAGCCUCCCCAUCCCAUGCUUUUUUAUCAUUUUGGCACCAGCGGAGCCGCCGUCGCUGCUGCUUCCCCCGUCACUCAUCCUCUACGUCAUUUUACUGUAUUUUCUUUCUUCUUCUUCUCAAAGAUCCAAUUUUUAUGUAAUUUUGGUUUAUAGAUCUUCUAAAGGUUAGGCUGCAAAUGCAAAUGGUUGGCCAAAGAGGCCCUUUGAUCAGCAUGACACAAGUUGGCAUAAACUUGGUAAAAAAUGAAGGAUUGAGGGCCUUGUAUAUGGGAUUGACACCUGGGCUAGUGAGGUCAGUUUUCUACGGAGGUCUUCGUUUAGGCUUAUACGAACCAUCACUGCGCCUCUCUGAGAUGGCCUUGGGCUCCCCCAAUAUCUUCACCAAGAUAGUCAUUGGAGCCUUCUCUGGUGCUCUUGCAACCGCAGUCACCAAUCCGGUCGAAGUCUUGAAGGUGCGGAUGCAGAUGGAGAGACUGAUCACUAAAGGUCAGUUGCAGGAGCUGCGGAAGAUGGCUGCAGACGAGGGGUUGACCGGCUUCUGGAAAGGGGCUGGCCCUGAGAUGACACGCGCUGCUGUCUUCACCGCCUCACAGCUUGCUACCUAGUCAUGAGAUGGACUUCACUCGAGAAUGGAUUCUAUCUGCAUCUCAUGUAAACUCCACUUACCUAACACAAUCAUGCUUGUAGUAUAUACUAGUUAGUUACAACUUACAAUACCUCAACUGUUGAUGCUUUACAUUGAACAACUCUCUGCUGUUUCUUACUCCUAACAUUGAACAGUGCUUAUGCUGCAACGAGAGUCCAAACUUGUUGGAAACUAUAAAAAUGGCCUUGACUGUGCUUAUCAGGCUCUUACCUUUUUUAUUACUUUGCAUCAUUGUAGUAUUCAUGCAAAGUAAUGACAUCUAUAUGUGUGAGUGGUUUCAGCUUCUGAGAAAAGAAUGCCCUCGAGGCUUGUACAAAGGGGCGUUUGCAUCGUUCACGAGAGUUGGCCCUCAAACAACGAUCACCUUCAUUCGAUGCGAGCAGCUCCGUGGGAUUGGAUUGAAGGCGCUGUGAACCACGAAAAAUGCGUUUUCCCCGGCCAUUCAUGGUGCAUACUCAAGAGGUGAGAUGGGCAUACUUGCUUUUCAACAAUUGAAGAUUCAAUUUAUUUGAGGCUUGUAACAAAAAUCACUUUUUGUACACCACAAAUUGGUAACUGUCUAUUGUUUAUCUAGUACUGUAUCAUAUUAUCUGUCUAUCAACUUUAAUAUUAUGCAAUGUAAGUAAGAACGUUUGCUCCAGUGUAUGAUAAAUAGUGGAUAUAUAUAUAUA